CGCGCGCCUCUCCCAUUCAUAAACCGGGAGCCUGCCUGCUCUGAUCUGCUUUUUCCUGAGAGUUGUUUGGAUUCUCUUCCCUUCUUUUGCCCAUCAUGGCUUUCUUCGUGGCCGGAUUCCUCGCCCUCUUCUGCGCCCGUUUGGCUGAACAGGCUGGUGUGUUUGAACUCCAGAUCCACUCCUUCACCACAAGCAGCCCCCGAAACCUAUGCCACGGGGUCCGCCCCUGCCGCAUCUUCUUCCGCGUCUGCCUCAAACAUGCCCAAGCCGUGGUGUCCCCGGAGCCCCCUUGCACCUUCGGGGCAGCCCUGAGCGAUAUCGUCCCUGCGGACCGCAACGCAGUGGCCACCAGCACACCCAUCCGGGUCCCCUUCCAUUUCAAGUGGCCGGGGACAUUUUCCCUCAUUAUUGAAUCCUGGAGGGCUGAGUCAGGGGAGCCAUCAACAGAGGAUGCCCAGAGGCUGAUCAGCCGCUUGGCCACCCGCCGCCGCCUGGCCGUCGGUGAAGACUGGUCGCAAGAUGUGCAACUGGGAGACCAGAGUGAGCUGCGCUACUCCUACCAUGUCACCUGCGACGAGCACUACUAUGGGGAGAGCUGCUCGGACUAUUGCCGGCCGCGGGACGAUACCUUUGGGCACUACAGCUGUGACGAACUGGGCAGCCGGAUCUGCUUAGCAGGGUGGCGGGGCGAAUAUUGCUCCGAGCCUGUUUGUUUGCCCGGCUGCAGCCACAGCCACGGGUUCUGCGAGAAGCCCGGUGAGUGCAAGUGCCGCAUCGGCUGGCAAGGCCCCCUCUGCGAUGCCUGCGUCCGCUACCCGGGCUGCCUCCACGGGACCUGCGCCCAGCCCUGGCAGUGCAACUGUCGGGAAGGCUGGGGCGGGCUCUUCUGCAACCAGGACCUCAACUAUUGCACCAACCACCGUCCCUGCAAGAACGGGGCCACCUGCACCAACACGGGCCAAGGGAGCUACACCUGCGGCUGCCGGGCCGGCUUUGCGGGCACCAGCUGCGAGAUGGAGAUCAAUGAGUGCGACAGCAACCCCUGCAAGAACGGAGGCAGCUGCAACGACCUGGAGAAUGACUACAAAUGCACCUGUCCUCAAGGCUUCUACGGCAAGAAUUGUGAAAUCAGUGCCAUGACCUGCGCUGACGGACCGUGUUUCAAUGGCGGGACUUGCAUUGAGAAGCACUUGGGUGGCUACAGUUGUCACUGCCCAGUCAACUACCAUGGCUCCAAUUGCGAGAAGAAGAUAGACCGAUGUAGUAACAACCCUUGCUUGAACAACGGCCACUGUCUGGAUCUGGGCCGCAGCAUGAUCUGCAAAUGCCGCCCGGGCUUCGUUGGCUCCUUCUGUGAGCUGAACAUCGACGACUGCGCGGGCAACCCAUGUGCCAAUGGAGGCACCUGCAUUGAUGGUCCAAACAGCUACACCUGUUCUUGCACAUUGGGCUACGGUGGGAAGGACUGCAGCACCCGCAUGGAUGCCUGUGGCUCCAGCCCCUGCUUGAACAGCGGCACUUGCUAUACCCACUUCUCCGGCCACGUCUGCGAGUGUUCGGCAGGCUACAUGGGUUCCAACUGUGAAUUCAAAGUUCAGAUCCCAACCCCUGUUAGCAGCCAACGGGUGGCCGAAAGCCCUUUCCCUGUUGCACUAGCUGUUUCCUUUACUCUGGGCCUCAUGAUGUUGGUGCUUGCCGCCUGUGCCACCGCAGCAAUGCUUCGGCACAUGAGGCAGGGCCACAAGUCGGCCAAAAGCAGUGUCCGCAAUGACCUGGCAACCAUCAAUAACUUCAAGGAAAGGGAUGGCUUUCUCAUCUCACCCGGGUGCUUUAAGGUGUCCAACAGAGAAUCCAGGUUCAGCAGUGACCAGUUCAACUGCAAGCGGAAGCUGCUGGACCAGAGCCGUGAGUCUGUCUGCAAAAACCUGGAGAAUAAAAAGUCUGAGCCCAUCCAGUCCACUGUUCCUGCUGGAUAUCCGAAGGACAGCACCUACCACCCCAUCUACAUCAUCCCAGACCAGAUGGAACAGUGCAUUUACGCAACCGAGGUCUAAAGAAGAUCCUUCUCCCAAGCCUUGGCAUCUGACAUCUGUAUUUUAUUUUUGAUUUUUCUUCCAAAUUUCUCAGCUAAUUGAAUGUUUACAGAGAACACUGAAUGAACUCCCGGAGCAGCCAAUGCCUUUAUCCUGAUUAACUUUUUAUCCUCAUAGUAUUAUAAAAAAAGACUCCUCUUUUUUUAAAAAGGAAAAAUAUUUAAUAUUUAUUCUUGCUGCUAUAUAUAUUUUUUAAUUUUAUUGUUUUUGAAAGAAGAGCAACAGAUUGACUCAGAACGAUCUUAGGAACGGAGCCCGCCAAUGGAGUGGAAAGUCAGAACCGGGUUUGGAGAGCUUUCUCUUGGAUAUAAGAAGAAAGGCUAGUUUUCUGUUUGGGAUAAGGAAAGGCCCCAGUACCGGAAUUGUCUGGUCUUUAGAAAAGGCAGGUCCUUUUCCUACAGAAGUGCCAGGGCUGAACUCAUUUUUUUUACAUGUUGUCUUUAUUUUUUUAACUUGAUGCUUUUACAGUUUUCAGGCUCUUCUCAAUUGACUGUAUUUCCUCCUUCACACUUCGAAAGAAAGAUACACUGUCCUUUUGUUGGCUCGCUGGAAAGGUGUAGCAACAAUAUGAACCUUCACAACAGAAGUUAACAUUUCUUGGAUUUUAUUUCUGUCCUGACUUCUGAUCCGCGACCUGCAAAGCAGCUUUUAGUUUCAAAAAGUUAUAAAGCACAGUUCACAUUCAUUACCAUUAUAUAGUUGUAAGAAACAGCCAAGAGAAGAAAUGUUAUGGAUUAUAGGAUGUGCUUUCUAAGCAAAGGAUAGGGAACCUCUUUUUUUGUUAAAGGAGAUCCUAUUGCUUCAGGAAUGGGUGCUUGGACAGGCCAAAUCCCUUUCCAAUUGAGAAAUAUAUAUGAAAGGGAAAAUGGAUAUGAUCGUAUUUUGCAAGGACUACUUACCAUAAAGUAAAUAACGUUGGUUUGGAGACGGCAUUUAUAUGAAACUUAUUUGCUGAAGAAAAUCCUCUGAAGUUCAUGGCAUCACUAUAAGCCAACAGACCAUUUGAUGGCAGAUACACAAACAUAUUUGGGUUCUUCAGUUAAAAAAGGUAACAGCAAUUCAAGCUUCAAAUAUAGAAAAAAAUCUAUCUUUAAAAAUAAUGGUGAGUAUGUUCAUGCCAGGAAGGAAGGAAAGAAGGAAGACUCAUAAUCUGAAACUAGAUCAUUUCAUAUUUCUAGUAACAGCAGCCCUUUCUGUUUAAUUCUGGCUUGGAAAAAAAUAAGAUAUAAUGUACAUGUGUCAUCUCAGAUCCUAACCCUAAUAGAAAUAUUACGAGGUGGACAACAGUUCCGGUUAUUUUAAAAUUGUUUCAAUACAGAGACUCCAUUUUUCUUUUAAUUUAAAACAAACACAUGCUGUAUACAUAAAAGAAGCCCUGCUGGAGAUAACUUUAUAGAUAUAUUUAAGCUGUAUAUACUGUAUAUUUAUAAGUACCGUGUUUAUCUUCUACCACCCUCUGUAUCUUUUCUUUUUUUAAAAUGUAUUCGUCCUUUCUCUUUUUGAAAAAAGUAUAUAAAAUAUCUAUUUUGCUCAUGAAAA